AUGACGUGGAAUGCCAAGUCAAACAAGAAAAAAACAUCAUCAUUGCCUCCAGGUCCAAAACCAUGGCCUAUAAUUGGUAGCUUUCCUCAAAUGCUCCUAAACAAAGAUCCACCAUUUCAUUGGAUACACAAAAUGAUGGAGGAAAUGAACACUGAAAUCGCUUGCAUUCGUCUUGGUACUAUUCAUGUCAUUCCUAUUACUUCCCCUGAGCUUGCUUGCGAGUUUUUGCAUACUCUUGAUUCUAUUUUCUCAUCAAGACCUAUUUGUAUGUCCGCGAGUCUUAUUAGUAAUGGCUACUUAACCUCUGUUUUUGUCCCUAUGGGUGAUCAAUGGAUGAAAAUGAGGAGAAUUCUCGCUUCUCAUGUGCUAACACCAACAUCAUUUCAAUGGCUUCGGAGUAAAAGGGAUGAAGAAGCUGACAACCUUCAUCGAUUCAUUUACAAUCAAUGUAAAAAUCAAUCUGUUAUUAACUUGAGAAAUCUGACAAGAUAUUAUUGUGGGAAUGUAAUUAGGAAUAUGAUUUUCAGCAAGCGAUUAUUUGAUAUUAUAGAAGAAGAUCGCGAUGAGCUAGUUGAUGCACUUUUUACACUUCUUAAAUAUCUUCAUGCUUUUAGUAUAUCAGAUUACUUACCAUGGUUAAGUGUGUUUGAUUUGGAUGGUCACAAGAAAAUUAUCAAGAAAGCCUAUGUCACAGCAACAAAACACAUUGAUGUUGAAGUUGAUCAGAGGAUUCAGAUAUGGAAAGAUGGCAACAAAACUAUGGAAGAAGAUAUCCUUGAUGUUCUUAUCACACUCAAAGAUACCAAUGGAAAUACAUUGCUGAGUGUUAAAGAGAUUAAGGCACAAGUGUUGGAACUCAUGUUGGCAACCGUGGAUAAUCCAUCAAAUGCAGUUGAAUGGGCACUUGCAGAAAUGUUGAACCAACCAAAGUUAAUGCAAAAGGCCAUAAAAGAACUCAACACUGUUGUUGGGAUCAAUAGAUUGGUUCAAGAAUCAGACUUGCCAAGGCUAAAUUAUGUUAAAGCAUGCAUAAGAGAGGCCUUUCGACUUCACCCCAUAUCGCCUUUUAACGUUCCUCAUGUGUCUAUCUCUGAUGCCAUCAUCGGUGAAAAGUACUUCAUCCCUAAAGGGAGUAGAGUGUUAUUAAGUCGUCUUGGCCUUGGUCGGAAUCCUAGAGUUUGGGAGGAUCCAUUGAAGUUCAAGCCAGAGCGCCACCUCAUAAAAGAAGGUGGUGGUGAAGUAGUUCUCACUGAUUCAAAGUUACGUUUGUUAUCAUUUAGCACUGGAAGAAGAGGAUGUCCGGGUGUGAAACUCGGUUCUACAAUUACUACAAUGUUACUUGCUAGGCUUCUCCAUGGGUUUGCUUGGAGUUUACCACCAAAUUCAUCAUGCAAUGACUUAAUUGAGUCAUCUAAGACUGAUCCUUUUGAUACCUUACCUCUUCUUGCUAAGGCCAAACCAAGAUUAGCUAAGGUCAUGUAUCCUUGA